GGCCAUCUUCAGACGACUUCAUAGGGUCCAGGUGUUUGACAAAUGGUAGCUCGCUGUAGUUGGCUGCAUUUUUGAAUAUCAUUCAAUCGAACAUCUAUGGAGAUGGCUGUAGGUGGCGAUCUCGAGGAAGCUCUUUCGGUAUUUGGAGAAUUACGAAAAGGUCCCAAAGCCGAAUACUAUUUUAAAUGGUCUGUUCUCAGCUUCGGUUGCUGUUUAACAAUCCAUCACAUCAUCAGCCCUUGGAUAUUCACACGAUAUAAUAAGUUGUAUCGAAAUCUACCUCGGCCCCAUAGGAUGGAAUGGGAUUCACGUGUAGUAUCGUCAAUACACGCGACUAUUGUUAGCAUUCUGUGUGUUACAGCGCUAGUUACCAAUGCUGAUCUGUGGUAUAAUCCGGCUAUAAGUGUAUCUCAUUCUGGUCUUAUGGCACUAUCGAUUUCCAUUGGUUACUUUUUAUGUGAUGCUAUUUCUAUGCCAUUCUAUUGGCGAAAUAACCAGUUAAUCAUAUUUCUUCUGCAUCAUGCGGCCGCAUGUUUAGCAUUUUUCUAUGUUGUGCGAUAUCGAACCUGCGUAUUUUUUGGUGUUUAUCGACUUACAACCGAGCUAUCUACACCUUUCGUCAACCAAAGGUGGUUCUAUCGUACUAUUGGUUACAAACCUGAUCGCCGAAGAGUCGCAUGCGUAACUUUGAUAUUUGCGAUUUUUUUUAUCAUAACACGUAAUCUAAUGAUUCUACCAUUUUGGUUUAUAGCCUAUAUAUCUUACGGAUCUGAUGUUCAAAAAAUUUGUGCUAGAUCUUUUCCACUUAUUGUUCCUAUUUUCGUAUGUAGUUGCGGAUUACUUGAUUGUUUAAAUAUCCAUUGGGCUUUUCGUACUUGUCGUCUUGGCUAUAAAGCUGCUAAACUAUUAUGGACUGCAGAUUGGCAAAGUGAUAUUUGUAAAGCUCGAGCACAUUUACACAAACGUUUACGUAAUCUCCAACAACGUGUUGCCUUUAAAGCUAAAAAUGAUACGAGUUUAAAACCAACAUUGAUAGAAAACCAUCAUAGUAAUACUUCAUUGAGUGAACAAAUCAGCAGUGGACUAUCCUCAUCGAAUUAUUCUACUUCCGAUAGUGAACUGGAGUCAGUUUAUUCAGAUUUAGAUUUUAAAGUAACUCCUGAAAAUGAUAAAGAUUUGACUAUAUCUAAUUCUAUUUAUCCAAAUUCAUCACAAAAUCUCAUUGAUGAUGAUAUUAAAUUAGUUCAUCGAUCGUGAAAAAAUAAUAGGUUCUAAAUUCCUUAAUUUGAUUUUAUGUAUAAACUAUUUGUCAGUUUUACUGUUUUGCAAACAAGAUCCUGCCAGUUAUUGCAUCACAUAAAAAAAAGAAAGUAAAUUUCUUCAAUAAUUAUUCUGUAUAGUUCGUAUAGAUUAUUUUUAGAUCAACAUAGAAAGUAUCAUUUUUUGUUGUUGUAUAAAAAAAGAACUCAUUUUAUUCUUACUAUUUACCUUCAAAGUUGUUAUAAUUUAUAUUAUUUUUUUAAAGAAAAGAUAAGUCAAAUAUAGUCGAUCAUUUAUACUAGUUCUUGUUAAAUAAUUAUCAUAACUUAAUUAUAUAUAAAUUGCUUUCUCGGCUUUUGUUUACUUUCCCCUCAUGAGUAAAGAAAUCACAAAUGUAUUAAACGCUUUCCUUUCCCUUUUCAAGAAAAAAAAACAUCUCGUUAAAAAAAUUAGUCUGCGUCAACCUCGAGUUUUAUAAAUAGAAAAUCAAGAAGUUGAACGCGCUAACCACUUUACUUUUGAUGGUUUUCUUAGUUCUGGGUGGUCGGUAAUUGAAUAAACCUUGAUACAUACGAAGAUUGAUUCAGCUUUUGUUCAUUCCUGUCACCUGUUGAGCAGAUGAUAUGUUCGUUUGCUCAUCAGAAAGGUAGUGUAUAGCAUAGAAGUCUUUUCUGUAUCGAUAUAGUAGUGAAAAAUUACCUAUGAAACAAGAAGAAAUGUGUUGUCUAUCUGUGCUUGACCGUAAAACACUUUAGAUCGCUUUUUGUAUAUGGUGGAGCUGCCGAGUAGUUGAAUGACGUUGUUGCGGUUGGACAAAUUUUAGUCGAAUUACCAGUUACUUAGUGUAACGGUAUUAACAGAUUUUCGGUUGAUUUAAAAGGUCACUCCAACCACUUAAAAUUAUUUCCAAGUUAAUUCAAAUCGAUCAAUAAUGAUGAUAAAUUGUAUCAAACUCAUGUCUGAUGGAAAUAACUAUAAUAUUGCCAUAUAGGUUGGUAAAGCCGAUUGGCUUAUCCAGAGACACACAGUUGAAAUGUCACAAAUACCGGGCGCAGUAGCUGUUUCUAUCAUACACUUUCUUGGUCGUGUUUUCUAUCCAGUGAUUCGGACCAUUUAUCGACCAUAUAGCAGUCGCUGAUUAUCUCUUCUCGUGGGUAACACCUGACAUCCAUUUCACGAAAUUCUAUUUAGAUUUCAAUAAAUAUUAGAUAACCAUUGAGCAAAAAGCAUUUGGCAUUGUGAAUAGGAGAACAUUAUGGAACCUUCUUUGACACUAUGGUGUACUCCAGAAAGUUUUCACAAGUUUUUGACAGAAUGCUGCUGAACCGAAUAAAAGAUUCGGUAAACGCCCAACUUCCAGAUCAGUAAGCUGCAUCUGUAGAAAUAGAUGAUGUACUGACCGAAUUGUAAUGAUACAUAAAAUAUUAAACUAUCAAUGGCAUGUAAUUCAUCACAAAACAUCAACUUUCUUGAUUAUGAGAAAGCUUUUGAUACAUUGGAUAGAAGAAACUCAUACAACCUUCUUCAACAUUACUAUAUAAGUGAGACCACUCUCACUGUAAUAAGGAAUUCUUAUGACGGACUACACUCCAAUAUCAUGCGUGGAGGACAACUCGCAGAGAAAUUUCAAGUGAAGACCGGUAUCAGAUAGAGAUGCCUACUCUCACAAUUUCUCUCUUCUGGUGGUUGAAUGGGUUAUGAAGACCCAUACAUCUGAGAGGAAGCACGGAAUACAAUGAAUAGCUUGGAUGCAGUCGAAAGAUUCGGACGUGACAAAUGACCUACCUCAUUUACCUCAUACACAACCACAAAUGCAAGUGAAGAUAGACAGUGUAGCAGCAGCCUCUACAGCAGUAGGCCUCAGCACACAUAAGGGAAUUAACAAGAUCCUGCAAUACACCACAAUGAGUGCCAGCACAAGCACGCUGAAUGGAGAAGUUCUGGAAGAGAUGGAAUGUUUUACGAACCUGGACGCUAUCGUUUAUAAACAAGAAGGAUCUGGUGCAAGUGUGAAGAUGCGUAUCGACAAAGUGAGCACCUCAUUCCUACAACUUAAGAACACCUGCAUCUCAACACAACCAUCAGUCAACACCAAAGUCACAGUUUUCACUACAAACGUCAGGACAGUUCUAUUGUAGUUAGCUGAAAGUCAGAGAACUGAUACAGCCAUCAGUAAAAUGGUAUAGGUAUUUAUGAACAGUUGGCUUCUCAAGAUACUCGAGAUUUGUUGGCAGGAUAUGAUCAGUAACAACCUACUGUGACAGAUCACCAACGAUCUAUCAGGUGAAGUGGAAAUCAGUAGAGGGCGCUAGAAAUUAUCAAACCGCAUCACGAGACAAGUGCCAACUUGGAAUGUGGAAAGGAAGAGUGGAAGACCAAAGAAGAGAGUGUGUUGGAAAUCGGAAGCAGAUAUCAAGGGACUGAAUAGUAGUUGGAAAGAACUGGAAGGGAGAGCUCAGGACAGAGUAGACUGUAGAGUCAUUAUAGGUGGCUUAUGCUUCCAUGAUGGGUUGCAGACGUAAGUAAUAAUUAAACAGUAAGUGAUAGUUCACAAAUUUCCGGUAGUAAUAAUUUAUUUAGUUUAAAACAAGUAAUGAAAAUUACAUGAACUAUUUUUACCUUGAUUUGAAUUUGCAUCUAUAAACUAAGAUGAUUUUCGUUUUAAUUUCUUCAUGGAUCCUUUUUCACUUUUUAAAAAGUCAGCAUUUCUUAAAGGACAAUUUCUCUAGUGUUGUUUGACACUAUCAUAACUUCCCAGAUAAAAAUGAACAUUGAAGUGAAGUAACAGUACUAUUAUUAUUUCUCAUGAUGAAAUCUAUCUCUUUCAGUCUAUAUCCUGUAGAACACAUUACUUGAGAUAUUCAUUUUUGUCACAUUUUCGUUUUGAUGAGUGAACUCGAAGAAUUUAAAAGAGCACCUCUUUAAGUUUAACUAUGAAGACAUAAUAAAGAGAUUGAUGAAAUAGCUUUAUGAAAAAUUUCACACCUAUCAGGUAAUCAAAACACCGGUAAUUCGAAUAAGUAAUUUAUAAUAUAACAUAAAAUGUAUUAAUUAGCACAAAUGAUUAUCAUCAUGGCUCUACACUAAUAUCCAUAUAUGAUUUACAAUAAUGAAAUAAUACUCAUCUAGUAGAUACGUUACGUGAUAAUUUGCACAAUGACAAAUCGAUUAUAAAUUAACAUUGAGUAAUUGGAAGGAAGAGAGUUAAUAAUAAUCAAAGUAAUUAUUCGAAAAUCAAAUUUGAAAAUUAGAACAACAUAUAUGGGCGAACAAUGUUGUUUUCAGUUAGAUCCUCACUAGCCUUUACUGUAAUAUACAGUGAUAUUUAUAUGCAUACGCGAAAUUACUAUUCAUUAUAAGAGAAACCUAGUUAAAUGUCUUACAAGUAGAGCUAGGAAAAUAUGCUCAGACGACACUAUCAACAAGGAACUAGAGCCGAUUGAUUGAAAUAGGUUAUUCACAAGGUUUUCUGAAAAAAAAUUUGCAUGUAGUAAACAGGAAAAUAGCCAAGUUAAUGUUUAGUAAGAGAUAUCUCCACCUGAAGCUUCAAUUAAACGGAUAUGUAGCUGGUGAUACGCUACAAAAUCGCCAAUCAGAAUAUCGAUUUAUAUGACCCUGUGCUGUACCAAUGACAUGCCAAAAACAUCACUAGCAGCCUUGUGUCAACUCUGAAUCCUUCUCGCAUUGACCUACCCAUUUGGGUCCAGUAAACAAUCUCAGACUCCACUGUAUAAAUAGUAUAUUUCAGACAUACUUGUUUUAUAUAUGAGCAAACUAGACCGCAACAUACGAAAAAUUAACAGUUAUACAGGAUCAAGCCAAAAAGUGACUGAAUGUAGGAUACUGUAAUAAGUAGAUUGGGAAUAAAUUAAGAAUGAUAAAUCGUAUAACGAUAACCAAUAAUUCAAAUGAAAGCUUACGAUAAAGGGAAUAUAGAUAUACAUACAAUCUAAUUACUUAAUAAUUACCCAAUACGAAUAUAUGCAGUAAUAGUCCACAAACAAUUCCUAUCAGUUACCACUCAUUUACUUUUCGUUCGGAUAUAACAGGGAAUACCUACCUUCGUGGUUAGAAAAAGUAUUUUCAAAAAAAAACGUAGCUCCGUUCUAUCACACUUGUUCGAUAGCGGUCAUGUAGUAGAUAGAAAUAGGUCAUUUAAAAUGGUUUAUCGUAUUCUUACUAGUUUACCUUGUGUGGUCCGAUCUCGUCUCUUACAUAUAGCAGAAACCAUGGGGAUUUGAGUGAACAAUUUAAGUCUCUGUAUUCAUAAGAAACUCGUAACACCUUCAUGUCUUCCAUGGCCGGAUUAGCCUUAAUUAAAGAUUUUAAUUAUUAUUUUCUCAUGUUCUUUGUUCAUUUGUUUUCCUUCAUCUUCUCCUUUGUUUCAAAUACACACUUCACUGUCUAAUUAUUUGAACACUUCUUAUUGCGUUAUCUUAUGGUUUUUAUGAACGUUAUUUCAACAUCUGUAUUUCUUAUAUCAUUGACCUAUUUCACAUUAUGAAACAUGGAUUUAAGCCUUUGUUACUCUUAUCACAACUAGUACAUCUUUCAUCAGAAUAUCAAUUUGUAAUUUUUACUUAUUACGUAACCUAUCCUACUGUUAUCCUUGACUCAUAAACUGCCUUGAUUGGUUUAAUAAUUUCAUAUAUGCAUAUAAAUAUUAUUAUAUACUGGGGUAAAGCCUGAUGAAGAUCUAAGUGAAAACAAAAUUAUUUGCUUAUGCAUGAUGUUCUAAUCCACAAUAUGGGAAUUUUUUUAAUUCAAAAAUCAAAAUUGUUGGUUAUCGAGUUCAGACACAAUAAUAUGAUUAUAUAUCCUGUUUUCCAGCAAACCUGAAUGCUAUAAAUUAGAUCCAUGGUUGGGACGCUGGUGGAAACUGCUGAACAAUCCAAAACUAGAACAAUAGACAACUGUCUAGUGCGUCUGCAUAGUUCUUCAUGGUUAUCUCGUGCUGAAUAAUAAUUUCGAAUAGAGCUAAUCCAAAAACCUCUCGUCCUAAUUAAUACAGAAAACAGCUGACUGAGUUUCUCAUAUCUAGGCUUCAAUAUGAUCAUUUCUGUGAUAUAGUACUUUAUUACACUUACAACAAAGUCAGAAUUUUCAAUAACAAUAUCAAGACAGUUCUACCGUAUGAGGCGGAAACUUGGAGAACUACGGAAUCCAUCAUCCGGAAGAUUCAAUUGUUUCUUAACAGUUGUCUACGCAAAACAAUUCGGAUUCGUUGGCCAGCAACAACCUACUGUGUGAGAGAACAAAUCAGAUUCCGGCGGAGGACGAAAUCAGGAAGAAGCGCUGAAAGUGGAUAGGAAAUACAUUGAGGAAAGCACCCAACAAGGCAAGCCCUUACAUGGAAUCCUCAAGGCCAAAGAAGGAGAGGGAGACCAAAGAACACAUUUCGCCGAGAAAUGGAGACAGACAUGAGAAGAAUGAACACCAGUUGGAUAAGACUAGAAAGGAACGCCCAUGAGAGAGUCGGUUGAAGAAUGUUCGUUGGCGGACUAUGGCUCCACCGGGAGUAACAGGCGUAAAUUCAAUUUUCUUGAAGUGUAUCACUCUUCUUUUUUUUUCAAACAAGAAAUAGAUUCUGCUUUUUCAACUAUUCAAUGUUGAGUUGCAUAUGAACAAAUAACUAUAGGAGGUAUUGAUUGAAAUCAUUAAAUAGACUUAUAUAAGGUGGUUUUUAUGUAUAGAUGUAUGUGUAAAAAAAAUCAUAUCGUGUAUACUUUCCUUUUGAUGGUAGUGAUUUAUUUCAGCUUAUAUAUACUGUUGCUUCUCUCACUAUCAGAAUUCAUGUAUAUCAAGUUUAUCUUUUAGUACAUCUGAAGUUAUUCAUAUGCCUACAAUUUUUGGUUUUAAUCAACUCCUUGAUGUUAUUAAGUUGUUUUUUUUUUCAAUCAUUGAUUACGUUAGUUUUAUUUUACUAAACAUUCUAUUCUAUGUGAGAGUAUUUUUAAUUGGUCCUGUUUGAUCCUUUUGAAGAUAGAAUUACGUUCUCUGUUUGUUAGAAACAUUUACUACUGUUGAAAAUUUUGAUCAUUAAUUGUUGAAUUGAUCUAUUCAUUGGGGAACAGGACUAUGUUUGAUUUUUUUCGGGAAUCCUUUUUUCCCUUUUUGACAAAUUCAUUGUACGGAGUUCCGAGAAGUUUACUCCUUACAGGUUAAUAAUAUUGAGGUUAUCAAAAUAAAAAAAUGAACAUGUUGAUAUGAAGUAACAACCAAUCUGAAGUUUCGUAAUGUUUAUCGUAAUUUAUAAUUCAUCCAUACAUUAUUCCGCGCCUAUUUCGAAUUCUGAAUAUAGUAAGUUCAAUGGUACUCUCUCAGUUCUGUCUGACUUGAACUGGACCAUUCUGGGAAUUCUUAGUUUUGUUACCAAUUUAACUACUUAUAAUUAUCAUAAUUUGAUUUGUCUUUAGCUGUGUCUUGGCUGCCUCUUUCAGCAGGAAUAAGUAGAAGCAAAAUGUGUUUGAAUUAAUCAGUUAAUUGUGUUGACUAUAACUAAGUCCAGUGGCUGUUUAGAAAUUUUGUUACACUGAAAGGUGUUUUUCAAGACACUUAUAUUGAAGUGUGAACCGAUGUUCAUUGAACAACAAAUGAUGAGAGUUAUUUUAAAAUCAUAAAAAAUCUCUCCAAAAUUAUUGAAAUGAAUCAUAACUGUGUCCUCACUGGUGGCCAGUUUCGUGCUUAUAGGAGAAUCAAACCUUUAGAGUGAAUCAUAUCAAAACAGUCGUCCAUUCCUUCCAGAUUUUCAAUGGUAGUCCAACAUUGAUCGGUUCAUGAUUUCGAUCAAAGUAUAAAGGUUAAUUAUGUAUGACAAUGACUAAAUAUCACUUGAUUAUAUAAGUUGUCAAUGGUUAAAAAAUGUAGAUUUUCAUAUUCCAACUUACUGGUGUAUAAGUAUAGUGUUUGUGAAAAUGGUUUUUGAAAUUGUAUAAGGUUAUAAAAUAUAAAGGAUUGCAAAAAUCAUUAUUUAAUUGUUGUAGUUGACUAAAAUGAAAAUUAUUAUUAUUAUGACUUAUAGUGAUCCUUGUAAUGUGACGUUCCCACAUAAAUACUACAAUUAAUGUUUUUCACACGUCCAAUGAUCACUCUGAGGUUGAAAGAUUAAUUGCUUAGACUAGUCACUUCUUUCUGUAUCUAUCAAUUCAACUGCUCCUAUGGAGCAAGUAACAUUGGCAGAUGUUCUAGGAAUUUGUAUAUUCGGGCUCGUGAAAAAAGUGUAGUUAAAACUGUUAACAGUUCCAUUUUAGUACAUUGUAUUUGUUUUCAUGUUAAAGAACAGUUAGUUUCCCUUAUUGUGUAUUUAAAUUUUUUAAAAACUGUAUGCGUUAUAUGUUGUAUUUUCAUUUAUCAGUGAUAGAUGUAUUUCUUGUUAUCAAGAGAAAAUCGUCAACACCAUACGAAAUUCACACGACAGAUUACAGUGCAAAGUCGUUCAUGAAGGACAGCUGACACGCAUUCCAAGUGAGGACCGGAGUCAGACAAGGAUCCUUACUCUCACCCUUUCUCUUUCUUCUUGUGGUUGACUGGAGUAUAAAGACCUUCAAAUCUCAAAGGAAGCACGGAAUACAAUGGACAGAUUGCAUGCAACUAGACGACUUGAACCUCGCAGAUGACGUGGUCCUUUUAUCCCAUACACAACAACAGAAGCAGAUGAAGACGACUAAUGUAGCGUCAGUCUCUGAAUCAGUAGGUCUCAAAAUAUACAAGGGAAAAAGCAAGAUCCUCAAACACAACGUAGAGAACAUCAACCGAAUCACACUUGAUGGAGAAACUCUGGAAGAGGUAGAAAGUUUCACGUAUCUGGGUAGCAUAAUCGAUGGACGUGGAGGAUCUGAUGCAGACGCAAAACAAGGACCGCAUUCCUACGAUUGAAGAAUAUAUGGAACUCAAAACAACUGUCUGUCAACCAAUAUCAAAGUCACAAUCUUCAAUACGAACGUCUAGACAGUUAAAACUUGGAGAACUACUACAAUCAUCAAAAAAGCACAAGUAUUUAUAAACAAUUGUCUACGCAAGAUACUCACUAUCCAUUGACCGGAUACUAUCAGCAACAGCCUACUAUAGAAGAGGACAAACCAGCUUCUAGAUAAAGAAGAAACUAGGGAAAAACGUUGGAAGUACAUAGGACACACAUUGAGGAAAUCAUCAAACUGCAUCACGAGGCAAGUUCUAACUUGGAAUCCUGAAGGGAAACGAGAAAGAGGAAAAACAAGGAACAGAUUGCAUCGGGAAUGGGGAUUAGACAUGGAAAGAAUGAAUGGCAACUGGAAAGGAUUGCUCAGAACAGAGUUUAAUGUAGAAUGCUGAUAGGCGGCCUAUGUUCCUCCAUAAGGAGUAACAAUUUUAUUUAUUUAUUUAUUUAUUUGAACACAUAAAUAUUGCUACAAGAGGGCACCAAAUAUGUAUGCCCCACACAAAACCAUGAGAAUAAGAAGAAAAAAAAAGGUAAGGAGCGUAAAAGAAAAUAACAAUAACGACUAGAUUAGUGUAAGGUAG